GUAAAAUCCAAUAUGGUGUCGGUCGUUCAGCGGUUUACGUUGGACGUCCGUAUUUUGAGUUAAAAUCUUCGUAAUAAAUCAGAGGACUUUUCAAUAAUUAUGAAAAUUAGAUUAAAAGUCAUUUGCUGCAUAUAAAAAGUGCUAUGAAAGACGAACAGUACGUGUAGCAGGAUCAGACGAGAGCAAAAUCUAGCCUUCGUGGAAGGUUUUUCUCUGCUCUGGGUUUCGUGUCCAGAUAUUUUUGAGUGUGUUUUCGAAAAAGUAAGGAAAGAGGUAUGGAUUCUUCGGAGGGUGCCACGAUGACGGAUACGACGAAAGUACCUGCGACAGCGGCAACAAAGGCGAAACUCAAAGUUGGUAAAAGUAAUUCGGUGGCUGACAUUGCCACCUUAGAUAUUAAAUCACGACUUAGUUUGGAAAAUGCCGAGGUCUGCGAUAAACCACAAACCAACGGGUUGCACCAGGUGAACGGUGUUUGCGACUCGCCCCAAAGAAACACGGAAUCAACUGCCUCCGUGGAUCAACCACAAGGGAUGGAAACUAGUCAUGUAAAUUUAAAUCAACCUGAAAAAACUGAAGGUACAUCGACAGAGAAUAGCGAUAGUGACAUCCAAUACGUGAGCUAUACGAGCGAACUGCAAAUGCCGGACAUAAUGAAAUUAAUUCAAAAGGAUUUGAGUGAACCAUAUUCAAUUUAUACCUAUAGAUAUUUCAUUCAUAAUUGGCCAAAAUUAUGCUUCUUGGCGAUGCACGAAAAUGAAUGCGUAGGUGCGAUUGUUUGCAAACUGGACAUCCACAGAAAGGUGAUAAAACGUGGCUAUAUCGCGAUGUUGGCAGUGGACGUGAAAUUCAGGAAACGCAAGAUCGGCUCGAAUUUGGUGAGACGUGCAAUCCGAGCGAUGGUUGAAGACGAUGCGGACGAAGUUGUUUUAGAGACUGAAAUCACGAAUCGGCCUGCGUUGCGAUUGUAUGAAAACCUUGGCUUCGUGCGUGACAAGCGACUCUUUCGAUAUUAUUUAAACGGUGUCGAUGCCUUGCGACUGAAGUUGUGGCUCAGGUGAAAUUCAUCUGCGUGCUUAUGCCAAUAGGAACUUAAAUAAUUGGAGUCACUAAGAAAGUUGGUUCCAGAAGACUUGAAUUCGAAAGAUGCUUAUGCCAAAGAAGUUAUCUCCGAUUUUCUUUUUCUUCGAUAUUGUGGUAUCGUUUCGCGACUCCUGGCUGUGCGUUGAACGAACGAAAUGUACUCGAUGUACGUUAUCUUAAUCGGCAGGGACGAGUCAUCUGAUCUCGAAAGGAGAUAAACUCUUUGGCAAUAGUUUGGGCAGCUGAGAAUCGAAUCGUUUGAAAAAUAUUUAAGUGAAAAGCCUGGGGCUUUGCAUAUGAAAUUAAAAAGAGGAUUUGUCGAGUUUCGCUCGACUUGUUUCGAUUUUGAUAGAUUUGGAUUUCGCAGAUGAGUUUAUAAUAUCGCGACUGAAUGGGUAUUAGUCCUUUAGUCCAAAUGUACAAAUUGUCUGAAAACCACUUUUCAUUUUUUGUUUUUAAAACAGUUUUUAUUCGAGGCGAGGUCUCGAGUGGUUAAAUGUUUGUUUUAGUCGUAAGGAUUCAGCGGACUUUCGAUAAUAAAUGCAUUAAUUGAAGCGUGGUAUUGACCAUUUCGAUGAUUUAGUCAAGAUUUUGAAAAAAGAAUAUAUGAAAGGACAGUCUCGUGGUAUUUAAAAAAUAUUCAAAUUAAAUUGCAAAGUGAUAUUUAAGGAUUGUCCGAUAUUUAUAUAAAUAUAUAUAAUAAAGAAAUCAGAAAUGAUCAACUACACUGAUUUGUUUGUAGACACUCGAAGCGGAAGCUCGUACGCAUUAUUGUCUACCUACUAUACCUACCUACCUUUGUAUAAAAUAAAAUCGAAACACAAAUCAUUAUGUAUCUAUUAACAAAAACGUAAAAAA